CCGUUUGGACUCCACCCAUCCGGGAGUUUCAUUGUCUGUAGAGUAUAAAUAGCGUGGGUGUAUCAGCCACACUCUAAGUCCAAGAUGGUCACUCUGCCACUCUGCAAGAAACGUGAUCACAUCUUCAGCAUCAUUCUUAUUCCUGUAAUCCUGUUCGCAAACUCAGAAACUGCAGUAGCUCACACAUUCCUGACUCUCUCAGAUCAUGGCUUAUGGCUGUGCCAGCCAGUACCCAGGUGUGGGGAGAGGAUCUACAACCCCUCGGAGCAGUGCUGUGAGGAUGACAACAUCCUGUCUUUUAAUCAGACCCGCCUUUGUGGCCCUGGCUGCAUCUACCGGCCCUGUUUUGAACUCUGUUGUUCAGAGUCCUUUGGCCCCCAGCAGAAAUUUCUUAUCAAGCUGAAACUUCAAGGGGAGAGAUCCCGUUGCAGCUCAUCCCCCAUCUCUGGGGACUGUGCCAGCAGAAAGACAUUUUCACGGAGAAGAUACUCAAGAAAACCAAAUUUCUCUUAGGCAACAAAGUGGUGCCCAGCUUUUAAGGUCUCGUUUCAUCCAAUCAACAUGACUCCUGAAUGCUCCUGUUUGAAGGAUGGGCACCCGAAGCACUGGAGUGAAGUGGCAUUAAGUGUGGUUCAUUACAAUGCUCAUUCGAGCAUGGUUUACUUGAAUAUGUAUUGGAACGUUCCCCCAUUACUUUCUAAAAUUAACAUGUGUCCAUGCAAUUAAAGAUAAAUACAUCCAAUCCAGAGCCCAUGAGAUCACAGAGAAGGUAGCUGUAUGCAAGCCAGGGAUGGGACCCUCACAGAAACUCAAGAAGUGGGUGCCAUAUAGUCAUUUCCUCCAAAUACUCCCUCCUGGAGGCACCAGAGACUCGAGAAGUGAACAAAGAUCACAUGUCUGUCUUGGAAAGGGAAAUCAUCAAGAUCUCCAGGACCCUCUCAAGAUUAUAAAAGCAGCAAGCUAUGGCUGAGGGAAGAGACUCUUAGACCAGAUAAGCUGCCUGCAUGUCCUGCAGC